AUGGCCGACCGCAGCGCUGGAGCUCCGCUGACGUGGCGGUCCUCCGCAGAUUCGGUGCUCCGCCCCAACAUCCGUCUGCUUUGCACGCUGGGCCUGUGGCAGCCGGCGGACUCUGCGCUGUUCCACGCCUACACUGUGGCCGUGUUGGCGGUGGGCGUGGCGCACAUCGCCGUCGCCGCCGUCGGCAUCUGGUACCGGCCAGGCGAUCUCGCCGAGGUCACCAUCGGGCUGGCCAAUGUUUUCGUCAUCUUCACCGCCCUCUCCAAGUCGCUCUUGUUCGUAAGCCGACGGCCGCUCUUCUACGCGCUGGCGCGCCGCGUGGACCUGAUGACUGUAGAACAGCAGGCGUUUUGCACCAGCGACCCUACCCUCCAGCACGCGGUCUCGAUCGCCCGGAGGCGUGCGGGUCGGCUGAGCGUAUUCUUCCACUGGUACGUCUUGGUGGCCGACAUCUUGUGGUCGCUCAUUCCCCUGGUGCAGGCCUCAAAAGAGAAACGCUGGCCCUUCCAGCAGAUGCCUUUGGGCACCUGGGAGAGGUCACCCUUUUACGAAUUGUCUUACCUGCUCCAGUGUGCCUCCACCGUCUUCUUCUCCCUGAUCAGUGUGGAUGUGGACUGCUUCUUUGUGGCCGUCAUGAUCCACAUAACAGUUCAGCUUAGAAUCCUAACAUCCCGCUUCGCCACUAUUGGCACCGGAAUGAACGUAACUGUGAACGAACUGGACUGUCAGGCCUCUAGGCUAAAAGACGCCAUUCACGAACAACUGCGCGCUUGCGUCGAGACUCAUCAGAAUCUCUUGAGGCUGGUGAGCUUCCUCAACGUCGUCAUGAGCCCCGUGGCCAUGCUGCAGCUCGCCGUCGGCGCCGUCAGCUCCUGCAUGGUGCUCUUCCCAGCCACAUACAGCACGGACAACGCAGCCGCCAUGAAGUGCUGGGCAGCUCUCCCAGUGCUGGGGAUUCAGCUGUACCUCUACUGCUCUACAGCACACCACCUCAAGGACCAGGGGGAGGCAGUGUCGAGUGCGGUGUACUGCUGUGCGUGGCCCGAGAGCGGCUGCCGGCUGCAGCGGUCCCUUCUGCUGGUGAUGUGCCGAGCGCAGAGGCCACUGGUGCUCACCGCCGGCCUCAUGUUCCCCAUCAACAGGGCCACCUUCCUGUCGUUGGUGAAUGCGACUUACUCGUACUACACAGUGCUGAAGCAUGUGAACAACCGCUGA